AAUGCCCAUCUUCAGCAAGCAACUACUUAUUUCUUUAAAAGGUGGACUCAGGAAGAACAGGAUUAGUUAUAGAACAGGUUGGAAACAAAGGAGAGAAAUAUGAAUGGAAAAUAUAUAUGCACAGUGCUACUCGUGAUAUGUGUCUUUUUGACCCAUUGCACAAAUUGUUUAAAACAAGUUGACCAGGAAAUUCGAAAAAAGAGAUCAACCUUCGGACGAUGCAGAUACAGUUCACCUUCUGGAAUACCAGUGAAAAAUCCAUCACAAACAAGAAUCAAAUUUUUACCGAACAGAGAUGGAACAAAAUACAAUUACAACGAAGUACUUCACAAAUCUAUACUUUUCUACGAAGCGCAACGAUCGGGUUAUUUACCCAAAAAUAAUCGAAUUCUUUGGCGAGGUGAUUCGGGUCUGAAAGACGGAUGCGAUAUAAAAGUAGACUUGACCGGUGGUUGGUACAAUGCCGGCGACUUGAUGAAAUUCAAUUUUCCGAUGGCAUUUACAUUAACAAUGUUAUCAUGGGGAGGAAUACAGUUUCGAGAUGCAUACGAAGAUGCUGGGGAAAUUCAAAAUCUGAUUCAAACAAUCAAAUGGGGAACAAAUUACUUUAUAAAAUGUCACAUAUCAAAGUAUGAGUUAGUUGGACAGAUAGGACAUGGAAAAACCGAUCAUGAAAAUUGGGGAAGACCGGAAGAACUCAGCAUAUCAAGACCAACCCGUACAAUCACUGCUAGAAAACCAGGCUCAGAACUUGCCGGUGAAACUGCUGCGGCAUUGGCCGCAUCCUCGAUGUUGCUCGAGAAAGUAGACAAGAAACUGUCUGCCUCUGCACUUGAUCACGCGAAGGAAUUGUUUGAAUUUGCCGAUAAGUACAGAGGGGCUUAUCACAAUGCAAUACCUGAUGCAGCUUCAUAUUACCAAUCAUUUUCUGGUUACGAAGAUGAGCUAGCGUGGGCGGCUGCCUGGUUAUUCAAAGCAACAAAGAACGAAACGUAUUUGGAAAUUUCUAAAACCAUUUACAAUAAAAUAAGAAAGCAAUUUUCCACAGAAGAAUACUUUUCGUGGGAUUCCAAAUUUAUUGGAGUUCAAGCAUUAUUGGCUGACAUAACGGGAGAUUCUUUGUACAGAAAUGCAUUAUCUGUUUAUCUCGAUGGAUUAGAAAAUACACCAACAACCCCUGAAGGGCUGUAUUACUUGGAUGAAUCAGGGCCAAACAGAUAUGCAGGAAACGCAGCGCUCCUAUGCGUAUUCGGAGCAUCUAUUUCUCCAGCACUUCCAAGAAAAGAAUCCUACAUCACGUGGGCAGAAAAGCAGAUUGGUCUUUUAAUUGGAAGUUCAGGACAAAGUUUUCUAAUUGGGUUCGGAAAAAAUUAUCCAAAAAGAGCUCAUCACAGAUCAAGCUCGUGUCCCCCUUACCCAGAAAAAUGCGAUUGGUCAACGUAUCAUUCAACCAAAGCCAAUCCUUUCCUAUUAUAUGGGGGAUUAGUAGGAGGACCUGAUAAAAACGGUUUAUUUAACGACAAAAGAGACGAACAUCAACAAAAUCAAGUUGCGUGCAAUUAUAACGCUGGAUUUCAAUCAGCUGUAGCAGGACUAAAACAUUUUGCAAUGAAAAAACGAAUCAAAUCGGGAAAGCCUGCAAAACCGAAUGUUUUAACAACUGCUGCUACAACAGUACCGACAACAAGACCAAUUACGCCAAGUAGGGCAGAAAGAUUCAGGUGUUCAACUAACGCUGACGAUGGAAUUCUUCCCUCAAACCCAAUGCAAACUAGUCCAAAAUUCAAAGCUAACGAAGACGGAACAAAGUACAACCUCAAUGAAGUUUUGCACAAGUCGAUUUUAUUUUAUGAGGCACAAAGAGCAGGAAAGCUUCCACGAAACAACAGAAUUCCAUGGAGAGGAGAUUCAGCUUUAAAAGAUGGCUGUGAUGUCAAGACUGAUCUGUCUGGUGGAUGGUAUGACGGUGGCGACUAUGUAAAAUUUGGAUUACCAAUGGCAUUUACCGUGACCACUUUGUCCUGGGGAGGAAUUCUUUUUCGUGACUCAUAUGACGAUGCAGGAGAACUAGAAAAUUUAAUAGAAUCUAUCAAAUGGGCAACAGAAUAUUUAAUUAAAGCUCACAUAUCAAAAUAUGAAUUUAUUGGUCAGAUCGGAAGCCCAAAAACGAUACACUCAUUCUGGGGUCGAGCAGAAGCCAUGAAUAUGGAUCGUCCGUCUUACAAAAUAACUGCUGAAAAUCCUGGUACAGAAGUGGUCGCGGAAUCAGCAGCGGCGUUAGCGGCAUCUUCGAUAUUCUUAAGCAAAACAGAUCCAGCUCUAUCGAAAGAGGCAUUGAAGCACGCAAAAGAACUUUAUGAAUUUGCUGAUAAGUAUAGAGGGACUUAUAUAUACGCCAUUCCUCAAGUUUCGGAAUAUUACGAUUCUCAUUCGGGAUACAACGAUGAAUUGAUAUGGGGAGCACUAUGGUUAUACAAAGCAACAAAUCAAAAAAAAUAUUUGAACAAAGCUAUUAAGACAUACAACAAAUCAAUGAGCGAAUUUGAAACUGAAGUCAGUUUCACCUGGGAUGCAAAAUUCAUCAGUAGCCAGGCUCUUUUAGCAGAAAUUACAGGAGAUGAUAUUUAUCGCACGCCGUUUUCACAAUAUUUGGAUACUUUAGAAGCGGCUACAACUACACCACAAGGACUGUAUUACUUUGGUGAUUGGGCUCCAAAUCGGUAUACUGGUGGUGCAGCGUUCAUGGCUGUUUUUGGUGCAUUAUUGGAACCGCCGCUUCCAGGAAGAAGCAGUUACUAUGAGUGGGCUAAAAAUCAAAUCAACUUGCUAUUGGGGGAUGCAGGGCAGAGCUACAUGGUCGGAUUUGGAGAUACUUAUCCGCAAAGGGUUCAUCAUAGAUCAAGCUCCUGUCCACCACGCCCGGAAAACUGCGAUUGGUCAACAUAUCAUUCUCCGAGUGCAAAUCACUUUAUAUUGUACGGUGCAUUGGUUGGAGGACCAAAAAGUGAUGGAUAUUUUCGAGACGAAAGACAUGUGUUUGAGGGAAGUCAAGUGGGAAUUGACUACAACGCUGGAUUUCAAUCAAGUGUUGCCGGAUUAAAGCAUAUAGCGAUCUUAAUAAAACAAGGCAUAUGGAAAGUGUCUAGUGUACCUCAACAACGACAGGAUAUGAUAUCAGAAAAAGUGAGAUGCGCGCCUACGUCAAGGGAGGGGGUUCCAGUAUAUGGAGCCAUUCAAACUGCAAUCAACUUUAAACCAAAUACAGACGAUACUAAAUACAACUACAAUGAAGUUCUCCACAAGUCAAUUCUUUUCUAUGAAGCGCAGCGAUCCGGACCUCUACCAUCUAAUAACAGAAUACCCUGGCGUGGGGACUCUGGUUUGAAAGACGGGUGUGACAAAAAUGUUGAUGCUACUGGUGGAUGGUAUGCCGGUGGAGAUCACGUAAAAUUCAAUUUUCCAAUGGCAUUUUCCUUAACGACACUGGCUUGGGGAGGAAUCCAGUUUCGAGAUGCUUAUAAAGAUGCAGGAGAAUAUCAUAACAUGAUCGAUUGUAUGAAAUGGACAGUAGAAUAUUUUAUCAAAUGCCAUGUCUCCAAAUAUGAACUAAUAGCACAGGUUGGCAGCGUACAAGAUGAUCAUAAUUAUUGGGGCAGAGCCGAAGAAUUAAAAAUGGCGCGUCCUACGUAUAUGAUCACCAAAGAAAAUCCAGGAACAGAAUUAGCUGCUGAAGUGGCUGCUGCUUUGGCAGCAUCCUCAAUAUUUUUCAACGAAUCCUACAAAAGUAUUGCUGGAGAAGCUUUGGAACAUGCAAAAGAACUUUUUGAGUUUGCUGAUUUAUAUAGAGGUUCAUACGGCAAUAGCAUUCCAGCUGCGUCAUACAGUUCAUAUUAUGGAUUUGAGGAUGAACUAAUAUGGGCUGCAAGUUGGUUGUACAAAGCUACUGGGAACAAAGAAUAUUUAUACAAAGCUAUACGAAUGUAUGAUGCCGUCACCGAUGAAAUGAAACAAGAAUUUUCGUGGGAUUAUAAACUCGUUGGGGCAGUUGCAUUACUUGCUGAUAUUACCAAAGAGGAUAAAUAUAGGACCAGAUUUUCAGAAUACCUAAACAAUCUGCAAAAUUCUACAACAACACCUAAAGGACUUUACCACUUUGACAAUGGGCCUCCAAAUCGAUACACAGGAAGUGCUGCAUUUAUGUCUAUUAUCGGUGCCAACUUGAAACCGACAUUGCCUCGAGCUUAUUCUUAUAUGGAAUGGGCAGAAAAGCAAGUUGGAAUGCUGCUUGGAGAUAAUGGAAUGAGUUAUGUGAUUGGUUUCGGAGAAAAUUAUCCGCUCAUGCCGCAUCAUAGAUCAAGCUCAUGUCCUCCAUAUCCUCAAAGAUGCGAUUGGCAAACAACAUAUCAUUCUUACGAUUUCAAUUAUUAUAUUUUGUUUGGUGCUUUGGUUGGUGGACCAGACAAAACUGAUUACUAUAGAGAUAGCAGAGAGGCUUUUGAAAACAGUCAAGUCGCAUGCGAUUACAAUGCCGGAUUCCAGUCCGCUGUAGCAGGGCUAAAAGCGGAAGCGAUGCGUACUAGAAGCAAGCGCGAGCCUGAACCUUCGACGUCUCCUCGUCCAGUUGCUAUGGUGGGAAGAUUCUUUUUCAGAAUUAUAAAUAUCAAAACUACACCGGUACCACCCCCAACAAGAAAUCCAAAUUUUGUAACAGAAAGCAGAAGAUGUGCAGGAAGUGCUCCAGCGGGAACACCAGUGUUUAGAGGAACUCAAACACCAUUACAUUUCAAACCAAAUAACGAUAGAUCGGCGCAUAAUUACAAUGAAGUUUUGCACAAAUCAAUUCUCUUCUUUGAAGCUCAGAGAUCAGGUAAGUUGCCGUCCAGCAAUAGAAUACCAUGGAGAGGAAAUUCUGGACUGAAAGAUGGCUGCGAUAUUGGAGUUGAUCUAUCUGGUGGAUGGUAUGAUGCUGGCGACUUUGUGAAAUUUGGAUUUCCAAUGGCAUUUUCUCUUACAACACUCGCGUGGGGUGGAAUCCACUUUCGCGAUGCUUAUAAAGACGCAGGGGAAUAUCACCAUAUGGUUGAAGCUGUUAAAUGGCCAACAGAAUAUUUCAUCAAAGCGCAUUUGUCCAAAUAUGAACUUGUGGCGCAGGUUGGGAACGGCAAACAAGAUCAUAGCAACUGGGGGAGGCCUGAAACCAUGUCCUCCAAUCGACCAACGUAUAAAAUAACGGCUGAAAAACCUGGUAGUGAUCUAGCUGCAGAAACAGCGGCUGCACUGGCAGCCGCGUCCAUCUUUCUUGACGAAACUCAUCCGAAACUGGCAGCUAAAGCACUGGCACACGCUCAAGAAUUGUUUGAAUUUGCUGACACUUAUAGAGGGUUAUAUCACAAGUCAGUCCCGGAGGUUGCUGAAUUUUAUAAAUCGUUUUCUGGAUACGAGGAUGAAUUAAUAUGGGGUGCUGCAUGGUUAUACAAAGCAACCAAAAAUGAAAAAUAUUUAAUAAACGCAACUGAAAAUUACAACAACAUGAAGGACGUUGUAGAGAUACAAUACCAUUGGGACAGAAAACUAUCCGGUGCACAGGUAUUGCUCGCUGAUUUAACUGGAAACGCAAUAUUCCGGAAACCACUUAUUGGUUAUUUGAAUAUUAUGUUAGAUGGUGACACUACUCCACAAGGGUUGUAUUAUCACACAGAAUGGGGACCGAAUCGUCAUACAGCUGGUGCUGCCUUUAUAGCAAUGGUGGCAGCAACGCUGGAGCCGCCACUACCAAGGCGUGGUGAAUAUUUGAAAUGGGCUCGAAAACAAGUUGGUUUAUUAUUGGGAAAUGGGGGAAGAAGCUUUGUCGUUGGUUACGGGAAACGUUCGCCUACUUCGCCACAUCACCGAUCCAGUACUUGUCCACCUUAUCCUCAACGUUGUGAUUGGUCGACAUACAACUCUGCAGUAAAGAAUCACUUCACUUUAUAUGGCGCCCUGGUAGGAGGACCCAACAAAAAAGGAAUCUACCACGACAAACGAAAUAAUGUAAAGGAAUCAGAGGUUGCCUGUGAUUACAAUGCUUGUUUCCAGAGCGCUAUUGCAGGGAUGAAACAUUUUGCUAUCAAGGACAGAUCAAAACCCACAACAACAACGAAACCACCAAUUACUACAGCGACUUCACCAAAAACGACUACUAUUACUCAACUAGAAGUUACUACGAAGAAAAAGAGACCGAAAGGCAGAAUAGUAAAAAGAGUAAAAUGUAAACCAAAAGACAGCCCUAGAUGCAAAAAGGCGCGAGCUCGUGCACAAAAGCGAACUGUUGCUUAAAUUUAAUAAAAUUGUGGGAAAAUCUCAGUUUGAUGAAAAUGCAGCGACGAAUUCACACAAUUAUUAAUAAAAUUUUGUUGAAUGUA